CAACCAAGAUGGACAAGCACCCCCAAAUUGUUUUCUAGAUGCUGGCUUUAUUUUCAUUGAGGCAGAUAAAAAAGUCAACUGCUGCCCAUAGACAUCUCCAACUUGAUGCCUUUAUCAUCAUCAUCUUCAACUGCCAUGAUUAUAUAUUUGAUGAUUUUAUUUAUGAUGAAUAUGAAUUAUGAAGCCAUAGCCUACAAGCCUAAAAUAAAUGAACGCAACAACUACUCUGAAAAUUGAGGCGAGUGUUUUUUGACCGUCUUUUUUCAAGUAGCUUUCAUGUGACUGUGAAAGUUGAUGCUUGAACAAAACAAAAAAAGAAGAGACAAAGUGACUGAUUUAGAAGAAGAUUUCAAAGUCCAAAGAAAGAGACAGACACACAGAGAGCAGAAGGAAGAAAAUUCAACACUUUCAGAAAGCUGUUUUAUUUUUAUUUUUAUUUUUGGGUAGAAUAAUGUUUUCAACCCUACCACUCCUACUACUACUAAUGCUCCUUAGAGUUAAACAAUGUUAAAGUUGAAUUAGAUUUGAUAUUCUUCGAUCUUGUAGUUUUAGCUUUCAGUUUCAACUGGUUUGGUAUCAUGAAGGGUGUUCUAAUUUCCAUCAACUUUAUCUUUUGUUGCUUCUUACUGUUUUUGGAUUCAUCAACUUCACUUCCUUUAUGCGUUGACUCAAGUGCACCUUUCAUCCUCAAUAGCACACUUGAAUUUUGUCCUUACAAUGGAAGCACUUGCUGCAACUCCACAGAAGAUACACAAAUUCAGAAACAAUUCCAGCUUAUGAACAUCUCUGAUACUACCUGUGCCUCAGCUCUGAAAUCGAUACUUUGUGCGAGGUGUGAUCCGUAUUCGGCCGAGCUGUUUACAGUUCAAUCGACGCCCCGAUCAGUUCCCUUGCUCUGCAAUUCCACCAUUGCAUCCAAUUCCUCCCAGUCAAAGGCAGUAGCAGUGGAAGACUUCUGCUCUCAAGUAUGGGAAUCAUGUCAAUCUGUGUCAAUAAAGAACUCGCCAUUUUCGCCUUCAUUACAAGGCCAAGCAGGGAGAACACCAUCUAAAAGCAAUCCAAGUAAACUCACAGAUCAAUGGCAGUCGAAAACAGAUUUUUGUACUGCAUUUGGUGGAUCCUCCACUAGUGAAUCUGUAUGCUUUGAAGGAGAACCUGUUGCAUUAAAGAACACUGACUCAGAAGCUCCUAUUAGUCCUCCACAUGGCUUGUGCCUUGAAAAAAUUGGCAAUGGAUCCUAUCUCAACAUGGUUGCUCAUCCAGAUGGCACGAACCGUGCAUUCUUCUCGAAUCAGAAGGGACAAUUGCAGCUUGAUGAGUCAAGUCCCUUUGUUGAUCUAACUGAUAUGGUUUAUAGUGAUGCUAAACUUGGAAUGAUGGGAAUGGCAUUCCAUCCGAAAUUCGCAGAAAAUGGCCGGUUCUUCGCCUCAUUCACCUGUGACAAAGAUAAGUGGUCUGGUUGUAAUGGAAUAUGUUCUUGUAACUCAAAUGUUAAUUGUGAUCCUUCAAAGAUAGGCACAGGUAGUAGUGGUGCACAACCCUGCCAAUACCAAGCUGUUGUUGCUGAAUAUACUGCUAAUGGUACCGCGUCUCAGCCUUCAUCGGCUGUAAGUGCUAAACCAACAGAGGUGAGAAGGAUAUUUACCAUGGGGUUGCCUUCUAAUACUGAGAAUGGAGGUCAGAUUCUCUUUGGACCUAAUGAUGGGUACUUGUACUUCAUGAUGGGAGAUGGUUCAGGCACUGGUGAUCCAUACAACUUUGCUCAAAACAAGAAAUCAUUGCUUGGGAAGAUUAUGAGGCUUGAUAUAGACAACAUCCCAAGUGCAGCCGAAAUUAGCAAACAAGGUCUUUGGGGUAGCUAUUCCAUUCCUAAGGACAAUCCAUUCAGCCAAGACAAUGGUUCACAGGCUGAAAUAUGGGCCUUGGGAUUAAAAACUCCAUGGCGAUGCAGUUUUGAUUCAGAAAGACCUUCCUACUUUUUCUGUGGAGAUGCUGGACAGGAUCUUUAUGAGGAAGUGGAUCUCAUCACAAAAGGUGGAAACUAUGGCUGGCGUGUUUAUGAGGGUCCCUAUCCAUUCACCCCUAAUGAAUCACCUGGAGGCAAUACCUCCAAAGACUCCAUAAAUCCAAUUAUGCCAAUACUUGGAUACAACCAUUCGGAGGUUAACAAGAAUGAAGGGUCAGCAUGCAUCAUUGGGGGUUAUAUGUAUCGAUCUAACACUGAUCCUUGCAUGUAUGGAAGGUACCUGUAUGCUGAUCUAUAUUCAGUUGCAGUGUGGGAAGCAACAGAAGAUCCUGUAAACAGUGGAAACUUCAGCAAAAGCAGAAUCCCCUUCAGCUGUUCACAUGAUUCUCCUAUCAAAUGUGAUCCUGUGCCUGGAACCUCCCUCCCAGCGCUAGGCUACAUCUACUCAUUUGGAGAAGACAACAACAAAGACGUGUAUAUCCUUGCGAGCGAAGGCGUCUACAGAGUUGUUCGUCCGAGUCGCUGCAGUUACACUUGCUCCCAGGAAAAGGCAACAACAGAGGCUCCUUCUCCUUCUACUUCUCCAUCUCAUGCAUGCCGUAACUUCUCUAUAUACCAGUUUCUGCAGAUUUCAUUUUUCUUGUUGCUUUUAAUAUGUUUUGUGUAGUGUGAUCCUGUUUCUUGGGCAUGAAGAAUGAUAGAAAGCAUAUUCACUUGAUGUAAUGUUAUAUAUUCAUGGUAGUGAUGAACAGAAGUGAUUUCUCCCUUUGAAAAUCAAAUAAGAACGUAACAUUAAUACUGCUUUACACUAACAA